AUGGCUCCAAUCAAGAAGAACGACACGAGGCCCAACUUCCUAGUCAUCCUUGCGGACGACCUUGGCUACAGCGAUAUUGGAUGCUUCGGCAGCGAGAUCCGAACACCACAUCUGGAUGCUUUGGCACGCAAUGGCGCUCGUUUUAGUGAUUAUCAUACCGCCGCAGCAUGCAGUCCCACCCGAUCGAUGCUGUUGAGUGGAACCGACAACCACAUCGCCGGCGUCGGUAUCAUGAGCGAGCAGAAAGGUCGCAAUCCCGACAAAUGGGACGCCAAAGGCCACGAAGGCUUCCUCAACCACGACGUCGCCGCCCUCCCAGAAAUCCUGCAGGACAACGGCUACCAUACCUUGAUCAGCGGCAAAUGGCAUCUCGGCUACACACCCGAGAGCAACGCCGCCGCACGAGGUUUCGAUCGCGCAUUCACCCUACUUCCUGGCGCUUCGAACCACUACGGCUGGGAACCACAGUUCGAUGACAAGGACUAUGGACCAUUCUUCUCCCGCGUCAGUCCGCAGCUGUAUACGUUGGAUGGGAGGAAGUAUGAUGUGAAACCGAAUUUGGACAAUGAUCCGAAAGGCUUCUUCUCGUCGGAUUCUUAUACGGAUAAUCUGGUGGACUGGAUGCAGGAGCGUAACGAGGAGAAUCGGGAGAAGCCGUUUUUUGCUUACUUGCCGUUUUCUGCGCCUCAUUGGCCUCUUCAGUGUUCCGACGCCGACCGUGACCGCUACGAAGGCGUCUACGACGACGGCCCCGAAGCUCUCCGCCUCAAACGGUUAGAAAACAUGAAGAAACUCGGCAUCAUCGGACCAGACGUCAAGCCCCAUGAAGUCAUCGCAGGCCCAAUGAACCUCGAAUGGGACGCCAUGACACCGUAUGAGCGCAGAUGCAGUGCGAGGGCGAUGCAAUGCUUCGCUGGCAUGGUCGACAAUAUUGACCAAAAUGUUGGCAAGAUCGUGCAGUAUCUCAAGCGGAGCGGCGAGUUCGACAACACUGUUAUCAUCUUCCAGAGCGAUAAUGGUGCUGAAGGAGCCGAUUAUGAGGCCAUCCCGACGAUGGGUGCUGAUUUGAUGCGGGUCGUUCGGAGGUAUUAUAACAACUCUUUCGAUAACAUCGGACACGCAGACAGCUAUGUCUGGUAUGGUACAAGAUGGGCGCAAGCGAGUACCGCUCCCAGUCGGCUGUACAAGAUGUACUCGACGGAAGGCGGCAUCAAGGUUCCUUUCAUAAUGCAUUAUCCGAAGUUCUCCGAAAAGCUCCAGAAGAACGCAAUAGUCAAUUCGUUCUCCACGGUAAUGGAUCUAUGUCCAACCUUCCUCGAGAUGGCAGGAAUCCAGCAUCCAGCGUCGAGUGGCAACGGAACCUUCAGAGGCAGAGAGGUCGCUCCCAUGCGCGGCAAAUCAUGGGUGGACUUCAUGACCUCUUCUUCAUCUUCAGCCUCCGAUGCAGACGGCAUCCACAGCGGAAGCGAUGGCUACACUGGUUGGGAGCUCUUCGGCCGCGGUGCAGUUCGGCAAGGCAGCUGGAAACUGGUGCAUAUCGAGUCCGCGAUGGGCGGCGGGAAAUGGCAGCUGUACGAUCUCAGCAAAGAUCCUGGUGAGACGAACGAUCUGGCUGAGAUGGAGACUGCGAAGCGGGAUGAGUUGAUCGCGAUGUGGGAGGAUUAUGUGAAGAAGACGGGCGUCUUAUGGACCCCGUAUGAGGAGAUUGAGACCGUGGGUGAGGAAUGGGGCGAGAACCGGGAGGAUCUUGUGGGAGGGAACCAUGUCGGGCAGAUCAAGGCGUGGAUGCAGUGCCGGCAGGGCGAGGAGGCUCCGAAGGGUCAGGUCGUCAAUGGUGGAUGA